GCGACCUUCUUUUCGUCUCAGGACUUUCGCGAGGAACAGAAACGAGAAAAGUUGUCCGCGUCGCAAAGUCGUGAGAACGAUUCCACUGUCGAAGAGACAGAGGAUACCGAGAAGUACUGUUUCACUCCUGAACAGGACGAGUUGACCUGCUUCACGCAAUAUCUCUACAAAACUGGCGAUUACCUGCACGUACGGAGCACCCUGAAGGCAAAAGUGAUCAUGUUGCUGGACCAGAAAUUCGAAAAGCACGUGAGCAACGUGGAGUCCGUCGAGAGCCAGAAUUUCGUAGCAUCCACGUAUACGUAUCUCGUCGAGCGGAUGCACUCAGCUCUUAAUAAAAUCGUGGAGAGUCGUCUCACGAGCGAUUAUUCGCCGAGGAUCACAAUCUGCCCGAAUUUGUAUUUCUACGCCGAGGAAGCUCACGAAUUAGGACACACGGACGACGCGAGGCGACAUCAUCAGGCCGCAAUCGCCGCUGGCGAGAAGAAUCCCGUCGCGUGGAUCAAAUACGCGAUCUUCCAUUUGAAAGUCGGCGAUGUGGAGCGCGCGAAAGAAUGCAGCCGCGAGGCGAUUCUUUCGGACAGACGGGACAAAAUUGCUUUAUCGAUGUACGGAUUAAUCCUCGCCGGGGAGCGGAAUUAUCGAGAGGCCGAGGUCUUCCUGAGGAUCGUCACGGACUUGUAUCCGCGGUUCCUCGAGGGCUGGGUCAAUCUGCAUCUGUUUUACAUUCGCACGGACCACUGUCCAGGUUCAGGAACAGAUACCACUUUGCGAAUUGCGAGGAAGUGCCUGGAAGACGCGGACGGAGGGACGGAGGUCUCGGGUGACGAUCCGCUCGCAUGGACGACGAUUUAUUGUCCGCGCGACAGCGUGUACACGAUCGCCGCCACGUUCUUGUUGAAGCUGCAUCUUUGCGACUUUGCCGGUAUCGCGUUGGCGGAGGAGAUGUCUCGCGUAGGCAGAGCUACUCAUGUCUUGUAUUAUCUGGCGGUGCAGCAUUACGUGUCGCGCCGAUACGAGAACGCUUUGUCGCAUUUGCAAGAAGCCAGACGCACUUACGGAAUGGACUAUUCGAUAAGCGGCCUGAUGGGGCACUGUCACUUCCAACGGGGCGAUUUCGAGGAAGCCGUACGUUGCUACGAAUUCGCCAGCACGGUGUCCAGCAGACCCGGCGAUUUGCAUCUGGUGCGGACAAGGAUGGGACUGUGCUACGAGGAUGCCGGUGAUUAUGAGCGCGCGUUAAGAGCCUUCCUCGGCGCGUGCGACACUUCGCCGACGGCGGAGACGUGGCUCGGCGCGGGGGUCGCGUUUUACGAGUGCGCUCUGCUCCUUCUUAUUUUGCUCCAAGCGAUGUUUGCAACCAUCAGCUGCGACAGGCGCUCAAGCGAAGACUCCCGAUAUCGAAUCGUAAAAGAAGAUGAAAUUCCACGUGUCAAGAUAAAGGUGUUUCGUAAACCCACAGAGGAAGCAGACGGCGAGUCGUUCGCUACUUGGGGAUAUUGGAUCAAGCAGCCCAAUAGAAGGUGACGUCGACAGGAGAUGCGAAAUAUCGAUAGAAAAUGAGAUGUAAAAUCGAUAAGCGAUAAUGCCCGAGUCAAGCGAAAUAAAGAAUUUUCGUAAUCCGCAACCUGCAAA